AUGGAAAGCAUAAAUCGCAGACGGCCCAUUACGCGAACCAGAACGGGUUGUCACCCUUGCCGGCGUCGGCGUCUUAAGUGUGAUGAAGGCAAACCGAUAUGUCGCGCUUGUUCUCGGAGUGGUCUUAACUGCGAUUUUCAACCCCGAUUUGUCUUUCGAGACGACACUGCCUCGAUUCGAGAGCGGGUCAUCAGGACUGAACAAGAGAAAUGGGAUGCGAUUCGCGAAAUCGAUGGACAGAGCAGACUCGGUUCUUCUCGCCGGUCUCCGCGGACAUAUUCCCGAAGUAGCCCUGCAAGUCCAGCCGUCGUACAUUCCGACUCCUACUUAGUCCAAGCCUCACCGCGCGCAGACUGCUCGAACCCAUCACUAACCCUGAGCUCUGAUACACAUGUACUCGAUGGAACAACACAAGAUGGGAGGUCUCACGAGGGUGAAUCAACAAAUAAUGAUCGCUACGGACAAACAUCAAAGGCCGUCUGUGAGGAUGCGCGCAUUGAAUUGCUCCAAAUGGAACAAGACUUGGUCCCUAUCCCUGAGCAAGACGAUUCAGUUCACGUUCAAAGCGAUCAUUGCCCAGACUCUAGAGAUGGUGAUAAUCCGAUGGCCAAUUGCGCAGCUCUUGAAGCAGUAGCGCGUCAACCGAUACGACACAAUCGAACCGAAUCCCUGGCUUCCUGGCCUUCACCGGAUUUCACAAAUCUCGGAGAGACUGGCGCACUUCAGUCAGGCGAGUCACCUGCGAUCCCUGGGUUUUAUCAAGAAUCUUCCUCAGACCAGUCUCUCGAGUUGGACCUGGAACCUGUCACUUUAGCCUACUAUAAUCAUCGACAGCCACCCAAAGCCUUUGACAGCCAAGACCUGUCAGAUCCCGACUUGAAGCUUCCCAUCGACCCCUCUAAAGAAGCAUGGAUCUUGAGACAAUGGCGUCUCCUCCUGCCUCGGUUACCGCCGGCUUUCUCCCAGAUUGACUCAUUUAUUCGAGAUUACGAAGUCGUCAAGUUUGCUGCGUUUGCCUUGGCAACUUCAGGUAUCGAUCGAGCCAGUACCGACACCCUCAACCCAAGUACCUCGAAAAGAUACGAAAGCCUUGCAUACUAUAGUCAUGCUCUCAAGAUCUUUGCGACCGGCGGGCUAAACGGAGUCGGAAAGAUUGAAAUAUGCGCAAGACUCGCAGUAUUAAUUCAGUUCAUCUACUUUGAGCUUGGCUCAGGUACAGUCUACGGAAGGAUUUGCCAUCUUCGAAAGUUUGACGAUCUCGUCUUGUCCGACUAUGAUGAAAUAAUGCAGUCAACCAUGGGAACUCAGCUGGUGAUAAUAUGGGCCGGCCUACGAGCUCAGCAUGUGGCCGACACUGUUCCGUUCUACUCAGGAGGUUUUCCUACCUUAUUUGAACGAUCAACCAUUCAAGCAGAUGUGGAUAGACUCAUUAAGCUCACGUCGUCAACAUACCCGCUACUUACAUCUUGCCUGUCUACUGUUAGUCGGGCCUCUGACCUUUUACUACUGAUGGAUGUUGUCGGCGCGGAUUCGUCCAAUCCGAUUUACCGCAAAUGGAUAUCCCUAAUGACGCAGCUUGGUCAUCGACUCCCCCGACAUGGACUUUUCACAUCCCAACCGACAGAAUUACUCCGUAUUUUACAAUCUCAGAGGGAGCGCCUUGAUGAAUGGGAAGCAUCACUACCAUUGACCGAAAGACCGGUGGAACGCUUUUCAUCUCACACCUUUGGGACAGUGAAUAAAUAUUCCCACCUCCAGGUACAUCCACUUCAAUUUACUACUCACGAAGCAGCCAUGAACUACUUGCUGUAUUGUUGCGUGCAGUUGUACGCAGCUUCUACCAAUGAGUUUCUUGGCACCACGUGUUGGUCUGCAAUGAAAACUCCAGAUCAAACUGGAAAUGCAAGUGUGAACCCAUGGGUACUUCUAACUCUCCGUGUGGCAGCAGGGCUAGACAUACAAGCUUGCCUUUUUAAAAACAUCUAUCACAUCGGUGUGACGUGGAUAUUGGAGCGAGUGGCACUGAGAUGUUGCUCGCUUGAAGUUUUAACGUGGAUUGAUGAUUAUCUGCGCAAGAUGGAGGCUCAAGGGGUCUACGAAGGCGGUGUCCCAAUAGCGUUGUUCCGAAGAGCUGUCACAAACAUGAUUGGAGAAUGGAAAAGAGGUCGGGUGGUGAACUUGAUUUAUACGUCUUGGGAUCAGUUCCAUGAGAAAGAAGAGCUUUGCAAAGCCGGUACCAAGGGAAUCCAUGCUCGAGCUGUACUUCAUGGGACAGUCUGGGCUGGCGAAGGAAAUGGCUCGAAGGACUGCAGACCAUUUGUUGAUGUAGUUGAAAAUUUUUGA